CCAGAGUCGAAGGGCAUGUUUACCACUUUUAUCGGCUUAAUUGAUAUUCAGUCAUGGUGGGAGGUGCCCUGCAUUGCGCACUUUUGUUCGCUGUUUAGUACCACCUUCCAUCUGCCUACGUUUGACAUUGAGGAUCUCGAGGAGGCACUUCUUGCAAACACCGAUGCCGAGGGUGAAGUAGAUAUAAAGGUCUAUGCCGCGCAGCUGCUGCCGGAGCUGAUCGCAGCACUUCUGAGGGGCUGUGACGCGCUUGCCCACAUAAGUUCACACAUUAGCCCGAGCAACUAUCAGAUGUUUCUGAGACGUCUGUUUCGCACAAAAUGUGGAGAAUAUAACGUCGAAAACCCGUUCAACACAGACACGGACUUCGAGAAGCUGCCACUGCGCACCAAAAUCCUGAUACUGAAGUAUCUGUGCGAUUUUCGACUCGAUUCCGAGGACGUCUCCACGACAUUCGCCAAUUACGAAGCGGAUAGUCUCCGUCUGGAACCAAUAGGCUACGAUCGCAACGGAUCGUUGUAUUGGCACUUUUUCGGUACUCGCUUGUACCGGGAAGAUUACGCGAGCUCAGGGAAAUCGAAAUCAGCGAAGUCAUCCGUCUGGCAGGUGGUUUGCUUCACCGAGGAGGACUGGCGCAAUCUAGCCAACAAGCUCGAUCACUCCACCAACGCCAAAGAGCGCAGCCUGCAUAAGCUGUUGGUGGAGAACUUUCUGCCCCACAUUCCAAAGCUAUUCCACGAUAAGGAACGAGAGCGUCGGAAUAGAUUUUUCGAGCGACCAAAAUCUUCUCGAAUAAAGUUCCUGCAGGAAGAAAAACUCGAACGUCAGCACAAGAAAGAUCAGCAGGAACUAGAGCAGCAGAAACAGAAGCAGCAGAAACAGGAGCAACAGGAACAGGAGCAACGUUUGCGGAGACAAACGGAAAAGAAACAGAAAGAGCGACUAUCGAAAGACCGUGCGAAACGAGCCGAACGACGAUCUCGAUCGAAUUCCGUCACAAGUAUAGUGUCGCCAUAUGCUAGCUCCCCAGACGAGGCAUCUCUUCUCACGCGUGAUUUUAUUUUUCAGCCCCAAGAAGGCGCAUUUCGUAGCAAAGCAAAUAGCCCAUGCCUUAAUCUCUGCCCGACUAAUUUGCGCGGUUCCACUUGUCCGUCAGUAGGUUUACCGUUGGAGGAGGACGAACCGUACACGUACCACGACUCCGGCGACGAGUCAAGAAGUUUACCGGCGUCCGAUCGGUCACGUUCGCCGGAUUCGUACAAUCCGAGUGGUCCCAGUCGAUCGGGAGAAAGUGAGGAUCGCUACGACGCCACCGAUCCGCCGAUAAUCCGUGACGAUUCGUUCUACAUUGUCGGGCGACGCGAGGACAGUGAGGAAAGCCUCCACAGUUGCUGCUUCAGUGACGCGGAAGCGGAAAACAAUAUCAACAGCGGGAACACCGACACGAGCAGGCAGCACGUGGUGGAACCGCUUGAAUCGGGCUCCGGAAAGCCAACACACCGGCGGCAGAAACUCAACGCCGCGGCACGGCCACAACGUCCCGUGGCCGGUGGUCGGUUAGUUAGCACCGAGGUUGAAAAGUUGCUCCGUUCGAAUCACAAUAUGGCUCCUACCGCGACAAAGCUUCCUGGCCGGCAGACGAAUAAUUCGUUGUCUUCGGUCACAGGGCCGGUCAUCCUGCCGUUUAGUGACACGCCGGCGAAAGGAGCGAGUUCCACGAACAGCAGUGCCACCAGUGGCAAGGCUGGCGAAAGUGCACCAAGCUCAAAUCAGGGACGAAAAAAGAAAGGCAAAGCCGCGCAUGUUGCCACGAACGCCAUCAACUACACCGAUAGCAGUAGCUUGACCAAAAUGAGCACUACCGCGUCCUCAAUUUUCGUAUCGUCAUCUCUUAGCUUCACGGAAACGGACGAAGUGUUGCAGAUCGGCAUGCACAAGGUGCUGGAAAGCAUCAAGAACCACGACGACGCCUGGCCAUUUAUGGACCCGGUCGAUGAGGACAUUGCGCCAAAGUACUACUCGAUCAUACGCAGGCCUAUGGAUCUGCAAAAGAUGGAGGAAAAGCUCGACAACGGCGAGUACAUGAUGUUUAGCGACUUUCAGAACGAUUUCAAGCUAAUCGUCAACAACUGUCGUUUGUACAACGGUCAGGCGAAUGAGUACACGGAGAUGGUGAACAACCUGCAGAUAGCCUUUGAGCGGGCGAGGAAAAAGUACUUGCACGAAAACUCGUCCGACGAGGAGCUGAUGAGCCACGAGUAUCCGGACGUUGGGCGCACGAAUGCCGCCUUCAAGGAGAAAUCCUCGAAGGAUAGCCACAGCAACAAAACCGACACGGUGGCGAGCGGUAAAAGUCACCAGCAAGCCAAGCAUUUGAAGGAUUCAUCCACCAAAGGGGAGGGCGCGCGUGAAAAAUCCACCAAAAAGAGCACCAACCAUGGUAGUAGUGGUGGUGCUGGUGGUAGUGGUAACAACUCGCAUGCCAAGUCAACCAGCAGUAGUGGUACCGGAAGUGGCAAAGAGGGUGGCGCAAACGCCCACCGUGCAGAUGAUAAGGCGUCGAACAAGAGCGCGAACAAAAGUGCAUCGGGUGAAAGGAAAAAUUCAGUGUCGGCAGGUGGCGGUGGCAGUGGAGGUUCGAAAAAACAAAAGACAACAAAACAUCGUGAAACGGAAUCCGAAUCGGAGCCGGAUUCGGAACCGGAACCCGAGCCGGAUCCGCCGGAAAAGGAUAAAAACACGGCGCGUGUGAACAAGGCGGUGAAGCGCAAGCGCAGGGAAAAGGAAAAAAGUGGUGGUGGUGGUGGUAAGGGGAAGAGUAAAAAAUCGAAAACUGAACCAAGUGACGAAAACAGUGAUUUUGCCGGGGAGCAAGAAAAAGAACGGGACGUAGAUCGUGCGGCGCCGGGGGUAAAGGAUAAAGACGGCGGGGAGUGGCACGAACCAGACCGGAAGCGACACAAAAAGGAUCACAUUGAUCCGGCGCCUUUCGGUGGUGGGAGCAAGCACGAAGGGGGAACAGACAGGGACAACGACGGUAGGGAGUGCUUCAAAGAGCAGGACGCCGUGAAAAACGCCGAAGAACAAGAGUAUCCUGUGUACGAGAGCAAGAAGAAAGCCGCCAUCAAGGCGUUGCAACGGCAGGAGAAAGAGAAAAAGAAAAACAGCAGUGCAAAAGUGAAAAAGGACGACAAAAAGGUCAAGGCCUCAAGCAGCGGUGGUGGAGGAGCGAAGGGAGAAAAGCCCGGGGAUGACUUCCGUGAUUCGCUUUCACCGGUUCAUCGUCGAUCGCUUUCUCGAUCGCCGAGUCCAUCAGCGAACGAAUCGUCACCGGGUGGUAAGCAUUCCUACCGAUCACCGAGUCCGAAGAAAAAGGAUCACACACGUGACACGGCAUCGGAAGGAAGCUCCCGGUUGUCCGCGGUUGUGGCCCAACAAUCAUCUCCACCGGCCAAAUCGUCGUCGGGAGGCAACAAAAAGGGAAAGGAAAAGAUCGUCACGGAAACGAGCGAUCAUCAGAAACGGGACAAAAAGACGGUGGUUCCGGCGAAGGGAUCGAAAACCGGCGUCUCGGUAGCAAAGCUGGAUAAAAAGACGAAAAAGGCGACCACGACGACGAGUUCGCUGGCAAAAGGCGGAGGCGGUGGUAGUAAAGCGCGCCAGAAGAAGACGUCCUCCGGCAGCAAGCAGAAGAGUGCCCGGCCGACUACGAGUCACGAGUCGGAGUUUGAAGACGAUGAGCGACCUGGGAAGCUGGAUGCUAAUGGUGAUGAACCGGAAGUGUCCGAUUCGGGAGACUUUGAUGAUGUGAGCAUGGAAGAGAUGGAGGAAGGUGGUAAGCGCGAGCCCGAAUCGCCAGAAAAACUGGCCCCGGAAGGUGUGAGCAAAAGUAAAAAGACCAAAAGCAGCAAGAAAAGCACCACAGGUGAGGACCAAAAACUGGCCGGUGAUGAUCGUCACCGUGACAAAAAGGCGGGUGGAAGCAAGAGUAAGGUGAAGGGCAAAGACAAGAAGCAGGAGAAACGGUCCCACAAACGCGACAAAGCUGGCAAGGGAAAAAAGAAAUCCAAAUCCACCACCAGCAGCGGGCAGGAUCGCAGUUCAGAGCAAGGAGCAGACGACGGUGAUCAGGGAGCGAUGUCGAGUGAAUCGGCCGCCGAGGACGGGGACGGUGGUGGAAAGUAUGAACCGGAAGUGGAGGAAGAACUGCCGCCGGAGGAUGUAGUAAAAAGUGCCUCUAAAUCUGUCAAGCAAUCGAAGCAAAUCAUUUCCCGCUACACCUCCCAGACGGCCGGAAGUCGAUCGCGUUCGCCAAGUCCGGAUGAUUACUACAUGGACGCACAUUCGACGCUGGAUAGCAGCGACGGAGAAGAGCAAGGGGAUAGUCAACCACGAACGGACGAUAAUGCACUUCCCGAGAACCGUUCGGUCACGCCCGACAUUAAGGACAAGUUUGAUCUCAUCAAAGAACGGCGCAAUCGAGUAGCAGCAGCCGCCGCAGCGGCCGCAGCGAGUAAAGCAAAGGCCAAACAAACGAAAGCGAAGGGUGGCAAGCAACCGGCGGCGGCGGCGGGCGGUGGCGCGAAGAAAAGCAGCAAAGCCGGAAGUCGCACCCAAAAGUCACACCAGAAAGAGGGACCUGAUUCGGGCGGUGCUUCGCUUCCCAGUGGGAGCAAACAGAAAAAGGACCAACACCAGCAGCCGCAGCAGCAGCCUAAGCAGGAUCAGGAAACGGACAAAAGUGCCGGUGGAAAAGGAAAACUGUCGAAAGGUGCGGCCGCAAAGGGAAAGAAAAGCCGUGAAAAAGUGAACGAAACGACGGCAUCUCCGGUUUGGAGUAAAUCGGGCGAUGGAAAGCAGCACGGCCGGAAUGGUGGCGCAUCAUCCGCGUCGCUUGUGUCGGAGGACAGUUGGAAGAAGGUCGAUCGUAGCAUCGAGUACGAGUUUGUCGACGAUAGCCCGACGGUUUCAGCCACCGGAGGAUCAGGAUCAGGUGCUUCUAGUAAAGCGGACAAAAGCCACCACGCGCAAUCAUCCAGUGCUGCUGGCGGUGGCGCAAAUAAAGGACAAAAGAAAGAGACCACAGGUUCGGUGGCACCGGCGAUGGCCACUCAAAAACACACAAAAUCAUCCGGUGCCAACAACAAAACGACAACCGGAACAUCCGCAUCGGGCAGCAAGGCUUCGAGAGGUGCAGGCGCAUCGGCGGCUUCCGGUGCCAAUAUGGAAGAGCUCGAGCUGGAGACGGAGCAGACGCUGAAGGACAUCAAUAAGUGGUUGGAAAAUACACCGCGCUUUCCCGAGUACAGCUCGGCCAGUAAUUCUCCCUCCCGGUACAUUAUGGACGACUUCGACACGGUACCGGUGAAGCUGGAAGCGGCGGAUUUCCGCAAACCGAUACCUCUGUCUCAGCUGCCCGCUGCGGCUGGUCAGGUUUCUGCAAGCCCGCUGCGAGGGACAAGCCCGGGACUGGCCGCAAUGGCGGCACCUCCGAAAGCGUUCUCUCCCAAAGCGACCGCUAGUGGCGCGUCGUCAAAGGAACCACCGGCACCAGCACCGACGUCAUCAUCCGGGAAACAAUCUGGAGCGGUAACGACGACGGGGACAUCAUCAUCUACUCCAAAAGGAUCGGGCAAGAGUGGUCCCGAGAUUGCUGGUGCAAGUGGAAAUAAUGCCCUGAAGGAUACCACAAACAGCAACAUCACGGGCACCGCGAGCAGUGGAACGGGCACGGCCGGGAAACCUUCAACAACGGGUACGACAAGCCACACCAUCCUGGGACCGCCUCCGAUCAUUCCACCACACUCGCAAAAGAAAGAACCCAAAGAACCGAAGCGCAAAUCGCUGAAAGAGAAGCUUUCCCAGCUGGGCGGGAUCGGACGAAAGCGUGAGUUGCAUCACCACCGGACGACGAUCGACAGGUUGCAGCCGGGCAAGACGAAAGGCAACCUCAUAGGGACGAUACAGAAUCUCAACAAACCGGACGAACUGUUCCCGCUCGGUGGUGGAACCGCCGGUAGCGGUGGGAUCGGUUCCAACGCCCUGAACAAGGUGAAGGAAGUGAAAAACUCGCUGAUGGUGAAAACGGACGAAUCGAAGCCUAAGCUCAGUCUCGGGACGGUCCUCAACACGGAAGGUUUUGGGAUCGUACAGCAGCACAAUUUUGCCGACGACGGAGACGAUCAGGAGUUGCGAUCGUUGGCACGGGAAGCGAGUAAGCUGGAGCGUGAUGCGACACCCGACGAUUCGAGCAGUGAUAGCGAGGAUGCGGCGGAAAGCGACGGUCCCGGGAAGGUUGCUGGUGGUGGGGGUACGCAAAAAGUGAUCACAUUUGCAGCCGCCUUCCUAGGUGUUCCUACUAACAGCAGUGGUGGGCGGGAAGGAAAAGCAGCAGCACUGUUGAAGCACGUCGCCGCUUCGUCUGGAACGCAAGCUGCUGGAAAAGCAUCCCGAGAUGUUGCGACGAAAGAUGCGAAAGGAACACCAGCUGCGGAAAAACCACUCACCGUGGAUGAUGGCAAACUGGCGAAGGAUGGAAAUGCGUCCGGGUUAGGGAAACUGGCGGCACUGACGGGUUUCGGGAAGGAAACUACAACCACCACCAGCACCACCAGCAAGGCGAAGGAUAAAACGGUGCCAACGCCUAACAUGAACGCUUGGUUUAAGGCAUUCGGUGCACCGAAGAAACCGAAAAAGACCCCAGACACGGAUGCGUGUGAUAAUGGCGGUUCAUCAGCGAACGAUAAGGAUAAAGGAAGCGUGGAUCACAAAACAUCUACACCACCCUCUGGUUCCACCGACAGCUCGGUAUCAUCCGCCGGCGUUGGAGGUCUUCCCGGUGUCGUCCCUGGUAGUCUAGAAAAUCCGAGCUAUCCGACGUUACCAACGGUGCCUCGGCAACGGAAGGCAAGCACAGGCAGCACAGUAAGUGAGCGAUCAUCGUACAGCCAGGAUCCGGAUAGCCCACGGAUCGGUAUCGAUGAACGGUUGGGAGCGUAUCCUGGACCCUACCCGAGCCCGAUCGGUGCGUCACCGAUCAUGACGUCCCCGAAGCUGGACGAAACGCAGAAAAGCCCGUACCACCCGAUGAACGGUGCGAUAAAGGUCGGGUUUUAUCAGGACACGACGCAGAAAAGCAGCCCGGAAAAGAGCUGCAGUCCACGGGAUGUGGCUUCACCGUAUCCGCAGUACUCGCAGCACCUGUACACGGCAAAUACGACGGCAGGUUCGAGUGGUGGUGGUGGUGGUGCAGCAAACAACAACGGAGGCGGUACUGGCACCAACAGCAUCGGAUCGACGGUGUACGGAAGUUAUACGUCGUAUGGAGGAACUGGCAGCACUGGUUCCACUACUGGCACAGGAACUCCCGGUGGUGGUGCGCCAUCUGGUGGCGGUGGUGGAACGACGGCCGAUUCGUUUAAGGGUUACGGAAAGGAGCUAAAAUCACCUGUCGAUUUCUACGAUCAGUACAAACAACCGGCCUCGCAAGAGUCGGACUACAAUUCGUCGAUGAGCCCCAGUACAAAUCCCAACUCUCCAUAUCACAAUUCGGCCACCUCGCCGUACCAGCAGCAACCAAAUUCCCCGUCGUGCUACCAGCAACAACCGGCGGGUUCGAACUCGUCCGCGUACGGACAACACCAAGCGUUAUCGUUGGCAUCUCCCGCAUCUUCCAAUGGUCCACUUUCGCCGUACAGCACUCCGGCUGUUGCUCACAGUCCGGCAGCAGGGCAAACGACACCCGCCAGUGUUAGUGGCCACUCACCGUACGGUGGUCAACAAGGCCAAUCGCCUUACCACCAGGGCCCAUCGGCAUCGUCUUCACCGUCGAGCGGAACACCCUCUGGGACGCUUGGUUCAGCGAAUCAGCAGACCCAAUCGAACAAAUUGCAGUCCAAGCCAAAUACACCACUGCACCAAAGCCCGAACUCACCGUUUUCGCACUCAAACCAAAGCUCGCCCUAUUCCCAGCAGGAUCCUAACUCACCGUAUUCCUCACAGGCGGGGCAGUUGUCUCCGUUCCAGCCAAUGUCACCUAAACCAGCAUCCGUCACGCCAGCUGGAGCUAAUGGCAGCAACAGCAAUGGUGCUCCGGUAAAGUUGGCUCCACCUAUAAUUACACCCCAGCAAGCGGCGGCCGCUGCCGGAGUCAUCCUGCCACCGGAAUCUCCCGUUCACUCGCAGUCCCAACCACCACCGGCAUCGUCAUCAUCGUCCUCGUCGGUUGGUGGUGUUGUAAAUCAGGCUCAAAAUCUAACCGGUAGCACCGCUGGUGGCAGCAACAGUAGUAGUUCCGGUGGCAGUGCUGCAUCGAUCUCGCAAACUCCGGCUCAAUUAAACUCACACACCUCACCGUGGGGAGCAGCACAUCAUCACCACAAUCAGUACAAUCCGUACGUAAGCCAUCCGAGUGAUACGACGAGCGGAAGCAGCGGAAUGUCCUCGUUACCGCCGGCACCGGCUCACAUGCCUGUGUCAUCAACUCAGCAGGGCCAUCUCAGCAACGUGCAUUCACUUCCCUCACCCGCACACUCGCAACACCAACCGCAACAUCAUCAUCCCCAGCAGCAGCAGCAACAGCAACAACAGCAACACCAACAGCAGCAGCAACAGCACCAUCAUCAUUCGCAACAACAGCAACACCUCUCGCAACAGCAGCAGCAGCAUCAACAGCAACCGCAACAACCGCUCAACCAUCACAUGGCGGCGGCGACGGCAGCACAGCAGCAACAAAGCCAUCUCGGGAAUCUGUUGAUGGGUGCCAACAACAAUCCGUACGCUUCCACGUACGGUCGCCCGUACGAUCGCAACUCAUCGGCGGCGGCAACACCAUCGGGUGGUGCUGGAACACCGGCUGCUUCCAAUCACCACGCACCACAACACCAUCCGCCGCAACACCAUCCACAUCACCAGCAACAACAGCCCGCCACCCAUCAUCAUCAUCAGCAACAUCCGAAUCUUGGCGCCAUCAGCAACAAAAACAGCCCGAACGCGUCACCGAUGUCGAGCUCUUUAAAGGUACCUGAAAUGAUUAAUCUAGGCUAUAGUGAACCGGAGAGCAACAACACCAACAGCAGCAAACCCCCGUCGGAUGGUCCCAUCAAUAUGGAGACCUCCAGCGGUGGUGCUGGUGUGCUUGGGCUGAGCGGCAAAGACAAACCCGAUGGAACGAACGAUGCCAUCAAGCAUCUGCAGCAGCAGCAGCAACACCAGCAGCAACAACAUCCGCAUCAGCAGCAGCAGCAACCAUUCGAUCAUCACAUGGCGAUGGGUGGUUACGGAAAUCCGAUGGACAUUUCUAUGGGCAAAUCGAAGCCUUUUGACAUGUUCAACCGUGCCGCUGGUGCGUUGUCGUUCCCGCGUGGAUUCGGUGCACCGACGACGGGUGUUAGUCCGGUUGGUACGGCGGGUGUUAAUAGUACCGGAUAUGAUCACCAUGCGGUACAGCAGCAGCAGCAAGCAGCAAGCAUGAACAAACCGCACGACAUGAGUGGUGGAGCGGCGGGAAGUGGAUACGGUAUGCAAGGUGCCGGAAAGGCACCUGGUGGAAAUCAGCCUCCCACGGCGGAACAGCUACAUCUUUCCCGGUACGAUCAGCGCAGUCCACAACACAUGCCACAGCAGCAGCAAUCGUCUCAUGCAGCUGUUGUUUCGUCAGGAUCGACCACUCAAACGGGUGGUUCGGCGGAUAUCGGCAACACCGUGGGUGGAUACAAACCGUACGGCACAUCAGCAACCCCGGUCUCAUCUACGGGCCUUGUAGAUCCAGCGAUACGCAAUCUCAGCUCCCUAUCGUCGCUCUACAAUCCGGAUGAUCGAUUACUCGGUGGUCCGGCGGGUGCGCCCGGUGUUGCUCCGGGUGCCGGCACCGGUGGUGCUGGUGGAGGAUUCUACGACAAAGGAAUGCCACCAGCAGCGCACAUGUUUGGCAAGAAUUUGCCGCCUCCUUCAGCGGUCUCCGCAGCCACGACGUCCGCUGCAGCGUUGCAGCAAAUGUUCAGCAACACCAUGGCGGCAACAACGAUGGCCGCUUACACCGCGAAUCGUGACCAACAACAAAGUGCGGCUCCGUACGUACCCUUGCCGAACUAUCAUCACCAGCAGCAGCAGCAGCAGCAACAGCGCAGCGACAUGCUGGCCGCAAGUGGCAUUCCAUCGCAAAAGAUGUCCCACAACACCGGAAGCGGUGGUGGUACGUCUUCGGCUCCAGAACCGACACCAGCGCCUCCGGCGAAACCGAAGCGUACGAGGAAAAAGAAGGACCAAAGCCAGGACCUCGUAGCACAGCAGCAGCAGCAGCAACAGCAACAGCAGCAGCAACAACAACAACAACAACAACAGCAGCAACAGCAAUCUUUGCAUCCACACGCCACUGCACAUCAGCUGCAUGCCGCACAUCAGCAGCAUGCGAUCAGCGCUCACCAAGGUUUUCCAUCGUACCCGGGAUUAAAGCCACCAAACGCGGCAACAUCCGGAGCAGGUAGUGGUGGUGCGGGUAUUAUGGGUGCGGCGGGUUCCGCCGGCAAUCCACCGGGCAGUGUGGAAACGUCCGCAAUCUCACUUAAAACCGCCAACAUCGUGCCCGGAAGUGCGUUCAAUUUUGGUCCCGGACCAGCAGGACUUGGGCUACCACCGGGCAAUUUGUACGGGGACACCUCCGGCAGCACCUACUUGGAUGAUCCGUACCGUAAUUCGCAAGCCCCGUACUACCUUCCGCCAAGCCACCGAGCAUCGGCAGCCGGACCACCGGGUGGUUCCGGAUCGGAUGCGGACAAACUCGGUAACGCUGUUGGGGCGCAAGCGGCACCACCACCACCGGGUACGGUGGCCGCAGCUGCUGUUGCGGCCGCUUCCGCUGCUGCCGUACAUGGUCCACCUCCGACGGCCGCUUCACCGUACCAUCAGUUCCUGGCGUCGCAUCAUGGAACGCGCUCGUACCAGUUCAUGAACCAGUUCGAUCCGCUUCAUCAGCAGUACCUGCGGCAGGAAGAGCUGCGGGCGCAGAUGAUGCUGAACCAGGGGCUGCUUGGGGCACCGCCCGGUGCGGCACCUCCUGGCCCGUACGGGCAACCCGGCUACCAUCAUCCGGCGAUCGGCAUGCACAAACCGUACGAUGCCAUGAACAGCAUGAACCGUUCGCCGUUUCUAUAA